AUGGGCUCUGAUGACGUGUUGGAGAGUGUCCUGGGACUGGGAGACCUAGCUGACCUCACCGUCUCCAAUGACGAGGCCGACUACAGCUAUGAUGUAAGUACCACAAGUCCUACCUGCCAUCCCUGAACAACUCCAACCCCCCACACUGAAAACCCCCCUGCCCCUCUCUCUCUCCUUCAACACCUCCCUGCCCCCCUUCACUCUCCUCCUCAACCCCUCUCUGCCCCCCUCUCUCCUCCUCAACCCCUCCCUGCCCCUCUCUCUUUCCUCCUGAAUCUCUCCCUGAACCUCUCGCCUCCUCCUCAGCCACCUCACAUACACAGAGCGUUGAGAGGGGAAAUGUUCUAGCUUUGACAGUUGGUCAGAAUCAUCCCAAGCAUGUCCAUUAGGGGCUUCAUUAGGAAAUGGAGGGGCAUACCGCACUCAAGUAGUCCUAGUACAUAACAUCUUCUAGUGCUGUCUAUUCCCCCCUAGCUAACUCACCACCAACCUGUCUCUAUUUUUCACUCCACACUUGUUUAAAGUUGCCCUUCUCUUCUCCUCUCCUGUCCGGUCUAUCUAUUUUUAGCUGCCAGCCAAUAAGGACACGUUCAGGAAGACGUGGAAUCCCAAGUACACACUGCGCAGCCACUUUGACGGGGUCAGGGCCCUGGCCUUCCAUCCUGUAGAGCCUGUCCUGGUCACCGUGUCUGAGGACCACACCCUCAAAUUGUGGAACCUGCAGAAGACUGUGCCUGCCAAAAAGUAAACACACACACACACACACAAACACUUGUUUACAUGGUUGGAUUAACUUGUCAUUCUGGAAUUCUAGAAUGCAUCAUUAUAUUAAAUAGGUAUGAAAACCCUUUUUAAAUAAUUGUUUGUUUCCUCUUCAUUAGAAGUGCCUCUUUUGAUGUGGAGCCUAUAUACACAUUCAGAGCUCAUGUGUAAGUAUCUAAUUACCGGAAGGAGCAGUGGUAAAAAACACAACUUAAUACGGUAAAACUGUAAUCCAUCAAUAAAACUGUUUUGCAUAUAGCUUUCUCUCACUGUAUAAUGAUGUAAAUUAUUGUUAGUACGGAGCAUUAAAAGUCACCUUUCUGAUACGCCUUUCCUCUCCUCAGGGGGCCUGUGCUGUCCCUGGCUAUGACUUCCAGUGGAGAGCAGUGUUACAGUGGAGGGAUUGACCACACAAUACAGUGGUGGAACAUCCCCAGCUCCAACGUAGACCCUUAUGACACCUAUGGUAAGGUUGGCACAUUUAGCAUGGCCAAUAUUCUGUCUAUCCUCUGUGCCUUUAGACAUUGACCACACUAACAGAAGUCAGGAAUACUUUCAUUCAUCUAUCAUAUUAUUGGAAUCGACUAGUAUACUUUUUCUUCACUUUAUUCCAAUCACGUCCUUGAGUAAUCACAGAGCUGUUUUUCCUUCCUUAUUGUAUGGGUAUGACUGACCCUGUCCCCUCCUCCAACCCCUCAGACCCCAGCGUCCUGGCUGGAACCUGGCUGGGCCACACAGACGCCGUGUGGGGGCUGGCCUACAGCGGCAUCAAGAACCGCCUGUUGUCCUGCUCCGCAGACGGAACAGUCAAGCUGUGGAACCCCCAGGAGAAGAACCCAUGCAUCAGCACUUACAAUGCAGAGAAAGGUAAGAACAUAGCACUAGACUUAGUAUUCCAUUAAUAAGGCCCAAAUAGCUUAACUGAGUUCCAUUUGUCUUAGAGCAAAGUUGGAGUUAAAUAAAUUGUUUUAUAUUAAAUUCUCCCUUCCUUUAAGAGAAAUCCAUAUGGUAUGCAUCCAAAUGCUGUGCACUUCAACUUCCCCAGUAGUGUGAUGGAGAGCUUGUUAUUCACACGGACAUAACAUGACAAUGGCACUUGUCUAUGGCUGGUGUGUCAAGUGGCCAAGGUCAGAGAGUGGAAGUGCAAAAGGCUCUUUAACUGACCGUUGUCUUUGUGUGUGUGUGUCUGUCUGUCUACGACAGAGCACGGCAUCCCCACUGCGGUGGAUUUCAACGGCUGUGACCCCGCCCACAUGGUGGCGUCCUUCAAUACGGGCAACGCUGUGAUCUAUGACCUGGAGACCUCACAGACCGCCGUGGUGUUCGCUGGUCAGGGGGAGAGCAGUAAGUCUACAAUUUAGACUAGAAUCCUAACCUAGUCCAAACCCUAGCCUAUAGCCUUUUCUAACACACUAGAGAGACUAUAACCCUAAGCUCUGUGGUAGGACUGGGGAAUUUUUUAGCUACUGUUGUUGUUCUCCUGUGACCAUGCAAGAUAUAUGAUAUAUCCUCCUAGAGAAGAAGUAAACAGUUUUAACGGUCUUCAUUCCAGAUGGUGUAUUAAUAGUGAGUGUAGUGUUGAUCCAUUCUCUCUUCUGUAUGUUUUCAGCUCUGCCUGCAGCCAACCACAUCAACAAGGUAGUGAGUCACCCCACCCUGCCUGUAACCAUCACGGCCCACGAGGACAGAAACAUCAAGUUCUUCGACAAUAAAUCGGGUAAGUGGACAGGAGUGGACACACUCAGCCUAGAUGGGAGAAUGACUGUCUGUCUGCCAUACCUCUGUACUGACUGUUACGUCUGCCUGUCUGUCUGCCAUACCUCUGUACUGACUGUUACGUCUGCCUGUCUGUCUGCCAUACCGCUGUACUGACUGUUAUGUCUGCCUGUCUGUCUGCCAUACCUCUGCACUGACUGUUACGUCUGUCUGUCGUGUAGGUAAAGUGAUCCAUGCGAUGGUGGCCCACUUGGAUGCCGUCACCAGCCUGGCUGUGGACCCCAACGGAAUCUACCUGAUGUCAGGAAGUAAGUUCAAGCAACGCCACUGAAUCCGCUACUGCUCACUCACACUGUAGCAAAACGUUUUGUAUGGACAAGGGAAGUCUUCUUUUUGGGUUCAGGUAGCUAGUACCUCUGUUUCAAAAUGUUUUCUCCCUACUGAACACAUUCCUCAUCCGCAGGCCACGACUGCUCUAUCCGUCUGUGGAACCUGGACAGUAAGACCUGUGUGCAGGAGAUCACUGCCCACCGCAAGAAGUCUGACGAGUCCAUCUAUGACGUUGCCUUCCACCCGUCUAAGGCAUACAUAGCAAGUGCAGGGGCCGACGCCCUGGCCAAAGUGUUUGUGUAG